UAGGGGGCGGCUGUGUGGUCCUAGCUCCUUGCAUCUUUUUCUAGGCCCAUCAGCCUCGGGCCAGGAGGCAGAGGCGUUUUAGGCUCCGAAGUCUGAAGCCGGGAGGGCAGGCAAGGGAGACAGCUUUUAACCAAAAAAAGCCCUUGUGGAUAGUGCCUUAGUGCCUUUGGUCGUGAAGGAGGGAGGCCACCGGCGGGUUUAUGUGGCUUCUGCCCGAGACGGCCGUUUUUCCCGUUAUAAGCGGGGGAAGAUGAAAAUGGCCGCUGCGUCCCCGCGGUGUUGGGGGAGGGGAACGAUAUCUUAUUUCGGCGUUGCUCUCCUGCGAAGGUCCGCCGCAGCCAUCUUGGGCUGGCGGGCUGGGCGCGCUGCCAGAGGCACAAAAUGGCGGAGGAGCCGCGCGGCAACGCGGGCUCGACCCGCCGCGGGCCGCGCUUCGUAAGGUCGCGUGGUGGGGUGGAAUGAGACAGACGACGUUCUUUGAGGUCUUUGGGCCGGUGUUUAGGUUAACGAAGGACCGUCUUUGCCUCCACGGAAAGGACGGAGUCUGGGAUGUCCUUGGGGCCUCUUAAGAUGAAAACUAAUCUGAGGCCGACUAAGUUUGGGCCCGUUAGGUGGAGGGGAUUGCGUGAGGGCUUUGUGUUUGGCCUAAAUGAAGCGCUUUUCUCUGAUAAAGGACUUCCCAGGCAAAAGUCUGUAUCAGUAUUCUGUUAGGACAGACCACAAAAUCGCUAAGAUUAUUUUGUGGACAUCGCUUUUCCACGGGAUUGUGAAGGAGAAAUUGGCGGGCAACAAUUUAUGGCGCCGUUAUUUCCUUUGUUUUGAGGCGUUCUAAUACUUAGAACCACAGCGUGUGUUGGGUACACUUUUCCUUCCCUUAAGUUUCCACCUUUUAAAGGUGUUUAGUGAGGGUUGAUUGAAUUGCAGGAACAAGACAGUUCUAGGAUUUAAGCAGCAUAGGUAGCUGGUCUGUGAGGCUCUGGGUAUUAGAUUCGGAAAGCAUUGAAUGGUGCGAAGAUACGAGGCUUGCUAGAAUUAAGAGAAAUGUGUUAGAAGGGUAAUAGAAAAGCACCAUAGAAAUUGAUUUUUGAGGUUGUUACGGGAAUAAUUUGUGCUUAAAAAAAAAUUGUUACCUAAGUUUCCCCUUGUUGGUAGAGCUACCUUAAGAUCUGAAUAUGAUUUGUCAGGUAAAUAAGAUUAUUAAAUGUCUUAGCAAACUUUUGAUUAAGAUUUUAGAUGAUUCGUUAGAGUAUUUUAGGAAGAAGCUUUCAGUGAUGAAGCGUGAGUUUCCUGUGUAAUUUUGGAGCCCAAACUGCUUAAUUUGGUUUGAACUAAUCAAGCCUUGCGUUUACAUAUUCGGAAGAGCAUAGAGUUUUUAGUUUUUGAUGUUUUUCCCUGAGCUGGCUGACUGCAACGUCACGAGUGUUACAGAUUUUUUUUUUUUUUUUUAAGUUCUUGCUUUCUUGGGUAACAAAGUUGGGAUUGAGCUCAAAAGUUGUUAAAAAGUCGUGACUUCUGUUCUUUGGCAGUUGAAUCUGUUAAAACUAGUCAUAAAGUCUUUUUGUUAUUAAACAGAACAAUUACUGAGUACCUUUGUACUCCUUCGGAAAUACAAAAUGACUGGCUUCUGACUAAAGGAGCUCUCGGUUGAAUACACGUGAAGAAAGCUUGAGAAUGGAAAAUUGCCCAAAGAGUUCAUUAGUAUAUUUUACGUGAGAAAGGAAACAAUUGAAACUGGGUUCCAGUUUGAGACUCGGGUCAAGAAAAUUUGAAAUUUUCUGAUUGGUUAUCUUUUUACUAGUAAAAGUACAUUGUGUUUUUCACAGUCUUUGAAUUGUGAGGGAGGUUAACUUAAUGUGAUAAAAAUUGAAAUUAUUUUAUUACAUGAGUCUUCGCUUUCUGGCCGAGAUAUCUCAACUUAAAAGUUGUGAAGUACUUCCAUAUUGUUGUGUUUGGUGUUUGUGUGUUUGUGUUCCAAUUGGAACCUUUAAGGGUUGGAAUACACCUGAAUCAAACACGUGUCUAGGCUUCCAAAGCAAGCUUGGGAAAACCAUAAAGCUCAGUGGAACAGUUUAAUCUUAGACUUGCCUGUAUGAUGCUUCUCUGGAGCCAGAAAAAUGAGUGUCAUUCAACUCCAGGCUUCUGGACUGGGUCUUAAUGUAAAUCACUAAUCUCUUCAAAUCAGUGAAAUUCUCCCUUAUUUAUCUGUCUCUAAUCCAAGACAGUACCACCCCUCUGUGCCCCACCUUUUUCAGUGACUAGGAGUUUGUUGUGUCCCUCCCCUAUAAGGUUGGGUGUGUGUGAUAAAUUAUUCUCAGUUUGAUCACUCAGUAGAAUACAUUUGGGUGGAUAUAAUAACAUUUAAAGAACUGGUGUGUCCCUCAUCCCUUGUUGGUCUGUGGGAUUUAUUCCCCCAUCUCAAAGGUAAUAGAUUUACACUAAAAUCUGUCUAUAGGGGUCUAAUUAGCAGACUUAACCUGAUCUGGCCAAACCACUUUCAAAAGUAAGAUCUCAUUUUCAUCUCCAGAUUCAAGCCUCUUCCCCCCAAAUUGCUUGCAUUUUGUAAAGGGGUUGACUAGCACCCUUUCUUUGCAAAAAGAGGCACUCCUAGCCGUUAAGUCACAAUUACAAGAACUUGAAUAAAAAGUUGAUAGAAAGUUUAGAAGUGCAGGGUAAUCUAGAGCCCAAUAGUGGUCACAGCGUGUAGGGUGUGUGAGAUUUGUAUGUUGGUCUGGCACUGGGUGUAAUGUUCUGACCCCCUCAACUUUGUAACGAGUUUCUAUAAGUGAGUGUUUACUAAAGGAAUCCAAAAACUAAGGAGAUACUGAUGUAUGCACUAGAUGUUAAAGAAAAUGUUUUGACCCAGCAGAUACUCUGAUAGAAUACUGGUUGUUAAUUUUUGUAGAACCGAUGUGUUUGCAACAUAGGCACAUUAUCUUUAUCAUUAGAGAUGAAUAGCAGCAUCUGGACACCAACCCAUCAAACUGCCUUUCAAAUUCUGCAGUUUUUCUCUUCUUCUGCUUAAUCUUGGGAUGUCUUUUUGUAUUCCUUGGUUUUAGCUCCUGAACUCUAAAUUCUAAUUUUCAAAACAUCUCUGAAUCUGCUUCUUUCUAAAGAAUUGUAGCCAUCUCACCAAAUUCCUUUAAAGGAUUGAAUUGUCAAAUAGGAAAUUGUAUUGUUGUGAGUCUGGUUAGGUUUAUCAGUCUCUUGAAACCAGGUUGAAAUAUUUUUUUUUCUUGGUUUUAAACAAGAAUGCUUUAAUAUUGUGGAUAUUGUCUGGAACUAGAACGUGACAUUUUCAAGCUGACAUUACAAGUGAUUUUAUAAGGUUAAUGUUGAAGAAGGAAAAUGCGGAAGUCGUCAUUUGACAAGUUUUAUAAAUGAGUAUUUGAAGCUCAGGAAUAAGUGAAGCUGAAAUUUGAAAAAAUAAAAGAAAGAAUGCAUGCUAAUUAUCAGACCAGAAGUCCCACUUGUAGAAUAUUGAGCAAUUUGUGUGAAGUGGGGAAGAUGAAAGAAGUCAGAAUUUGAAACGGAAGAAUGAAGAAAAGAAAUAAAAAUGAAGUUAAGAUAAGAAGUAAUCUGGAAUCAGAAAGCACUACGCUAAGAAUCCCGUUCUGCUUCCAGAAGUGGAAGUGCUCACGGAUCGGGGAAAUCUGCAAGGCAUACCCCUGCAAGGUCUCGCUCCAAGGAAGAUUCCAGGCGUUCCAGAUCAAAGUCCAGGUCCAGAUCUGAAUCUAGGUCUAGAUCCAGAAGAAGCUCCCGAAGGCAUUAUACCCGGUCACGGUCUCGCUCCCGCUCCCAUAGAAGAUCACGUAGCAGGUCUUACAGUCGAGAUUAUCGUAGACGGCACAGCCACAGCCAUUCUCCCAUGUCUACUCGCAGGCGUCAUGUUGGGAAUCGGGCAAAUCCUGAUCCUAACUGUUGUCUUGGAGUAUUUGGGCUGAGCUUGUACACCACAGAAAGAGAUCUAAGAGAAGUGUUCUCUAAAUAUGGUCCCAUUGCCGAUGUGUCUAUUGUAUAUGACCAGCAGUCUAGGCGUUCAAGAGGAUUUGCCUUUGUAUAUUUUGAAAAUGUAGAUGAUGCCAAGGAAGCUAAAGAACGUGCCAAUGGAAUGGAGCUUGAUGGGCGUAGGAUCAGAGUUGAUUUCUCUAUAACAAAAAGACCACAUACACCAACACCAGGAAUUUACAUGGGGAGACCUACUUAUGGCAGCUCUCGCCGUCGGGAUUAUUAUGACAGAGGAUAUGAUCGGGGCUAUGAUGAUCGGGACUACUAUAGCAGAUCAUACAGAGGAGGAGGUGGCGGAGGAGGAGGAUGGAGAGCUGCUCAAGACAGGGAUCAGAUUUAUAGAAGGCGGUCACCUUCUCCUUACUAUAGUCGUGGAGGAUACAGAUCACGUUCCAGAUCUCGAUCAUAUUCACCUCGUCGCUAUUAAAGCAUGAAGACUUUCUGAAACCUGCCCUAGAGCUGGGAUAUUGUUUGUGGACAAUAUUUUUUAUUGUCUCUUGUUUAAAAAGUGAACAGUGCCUAGUGAAGUUAGGUGACUUUUACACCUUUUAUGAUGACUACUUUUGGUGGAGUUGAAAUGCUGUUUUCAUUCUGCAUUUGUGUAGUUCGGUGCUUUGUUCAAAGUUAAGUGUUUUCAGAAAAGUAUGUUUUGCAUGUAUUUUUUUACAGUCUAAAUUUUGACUGCUGAGAAGUUUCUAUUGUACAAAACUUCAUUUAAAAGGUUUUUCUACUGAAUCCAGGGUAUUCUGAAGAUCGAAGCCUGUGUAAAAUGCUACCAAAUGGCAAAAAGCAACAAUAAACAGUUUGAUUUUUACUUUUCUUUCUAACAUAUCAAUGCUUAGCAGAACUAUUCAGAUUAAGUUGUCAGUAGUAAAUUUAAAGACAAAUGCCCAUUUUCCUCCAGUCCAUGAAACAUACCAUACUUAUAUAACUGCAACUAAAUGUUAAAAAUUAUGCUCUGUAACUCUGUACUGCUAGUAUUAGAACUAAAAACCUUAAAAUACAGCCAGUGCUUAAUGCUUA